CCUGUAUGUUUGCUCUAUGAUCAAUUAAACUUUCGUUUAGACUCUAGUAAUAUUCAAAAUCACAACUAUUGGUGCAGAUCCACAGAGCUGUCAGCCCCUUCUAAUCCAGACCACAAAUAUCAUGAACUACAGCAUGGACUACAUCAGAUUUUGGAGGCCAGAGCCAGUCAAUCGUGACGAAUUUUUACGACCAUCUCUUGGACAAAUCGUUGACCUUCACGAAAUGAUAAUGCACAUGGCCAGACAGAAGUAUGUUCGUCCGAAGGAAGAUAAUGAAGAGGACAAGCCAUGGGAGAAGCUCUCGUCAGCAUUCUUCUUGGACUUCGACCCAUCAGGCGGUGGUGGCCCAGUUCCAUCCUUCAGGAUCUCUGAUUAUUUCCCCCGAGGCCUUGUCUAUAACAUUCCUCCUAGAUCUCCUUCAAAUAGUUCUUCAGCAUUGCAAAUAUCGCCGCCUCCCUCUUUGGCCAUGUCCAACUUCGAUCCUACCGAAGCGUCAUAUCUUCUCUGCUGUCGGGCUUGUAAAGGACGAUUCGAAUAUCCACUUGGUAAAGGCGUCGUCACUAUCGUAGCAGGCGUCCCAAAAGGUGUUAGCUACAAAGCCGUGUCCUACGUUUGGGGGAAAACCUAUCCUCUUCGCCUUAGCUGCCAAAACUGCACUUCUAUAACGACUGUGCCUAUGCAAAGUCCUGCCAAGUUCCACAGAUUGAUGGCCCUUGCAGGCACAGGCAAUACCAUUUGGCUGGAUGCAAUUUCAAUUGACCAGUCGGAUCACAGCGACAUCGCCGCACAAGUAGCUGUUAUGGGCACGAUAUACAGCAAUGCCACCUGUGUCUCAGUUUUGUUACCCUCUUCCGAUGAGGAAGCUUUCAGCAGAUUGAGGGAUCUAUCUGAUUUGGCGCAACAGCUUUUGAACCGUCCAGAACAUUUUAAGUGGAACUAUGAAGACAACGAUGAGUUGGAGCGUGUUGAAAGCUGGGACGAAAGUGGAGUUCCGAAUAUUCCACUCGCUGGCGAUCUUAUUUUGGGGCGGGUACCUCGACGGUUGAGACCUCUUUAUGGCGGUGCAACUACUGGCAGUCUGUGCAAGAGAUACUAUCACGAACUUGAGUUGUUCAAAGACCGUCUCGAUACCUGGCAAUACUGGCGGCGAGCGUGGACUUUUCAAGAAUGGGCUCUUGCCGGAGAUAUUGAAAUCACCUGGGAGAGUGAUGUCAAAUUUCAGAGAAUUGAAAGGGUCAAAUCCACAAUCGUACUUGCUGCUAUCACGAUAACGAAGUAUAAACUACGAGCUGGCCAGUACGCCAAGAUAAAGCUGGGACUAUCUCGAGGCGAGGUGAUAAGGAACUUUAACACUGUCAAGCGCCUCUUUCCCUACGAGCAUGUCAUACUCUAUCAUGAAGAGCUUGACAAGGAGGUAUUGAAAUUCCAAACUUCACUUCCAAAUUAUGGUUGUAGUCAGGUACUAGGCCUGAGGUCCAAUCCCCGCACAGACGAUCGAGAGAAGUUUCUCGCCAGACUGAACAUAAUGCUAAAUGCAUUUGGAAGCAGCAAGAGAGAAGCCAGGUUUGAUGCCGAUUUGGUUUGCUGCUGGGCCUCGAUGUGCGAGAUCGAUUACGAAUAUCGGAAGGACGACUCCCUUUCUACUGCUUUGAAGAAAGUAGAAACUGCACUGCGGCGGCGUGAGAUUAAAAUCUUCGAUUUUGUGGUCCGAUCUGAGACUGAUUUAGCUCACUCCUUUUUUGACUACGCCAAGGAGCAUAUACAAAGUAACUCGACAAACAAGACCGAAUUUCACGGCGCGCCCAUCUUUACCGGUAGGGCAGAUACUGCUGUCCAUUUUCGCAACUCGGCGAUGCUGGUGAACCCUACAUAUAUUAUCGCUGACCCUGAAAGGCCUCUACAAGAGGUCAUUGGAGCAACAGUCGGGAUAAUAUCAGAGUUGUCAGACGUUGAAAACGUACUCGAGAUUUUUGAUGUUCUAAUCUCUGGAGCCGGGGGAAACUUCAUGUUCAGUCCGCUUCAAGACGAAAUCAAGCAAGUUUUGCUAAGCCUACCGGAUGAGGCAUCCAUUAAUAACGUCCUUGUUUUCACCCUAAUUUCCGCGGAGGACCUUCACCUUGACCCAGAAGCCCACGGAACGCUAAUGCUUCCUGCAUGGGCCAUUUGUUCCAAAGAAAUGGCAAAACGAGGUCUUCUGAUUGUUCGUGAGGGCAUGAACGGCACACUUGCGCUGGUUGUUGAAGAAAUGAAUAUACACCACCUGGUUGCUUUCCUCACUAUCUCUGACCAACAAUCUGGAACCUACCUCAUUAGGACUGAUAUCGAGGGGAAUAUCAACCUUCUUCUCGAAACGCCUCAAAGAAGUGACAUGAUGAAUGAUCAGAUGAUGCUUGAUCGAUGGUUCCGAGGUUCGAUAAAGCUCAGGUCGGAGCCGAGAGCGGAAGCACUCUCCCUGCCGAAGAGCCAAGAAAGAAAAGGCAAAGGCAAAGCAGCAAAUUUCGUCAGAAACACGCAGGAUAAGCUCAAAAGAUUUUCAUUCAAGAAAGAUAAGGCAAAGUAGGUAAGGAUUCAUGAAGGGCAAAAAAAAACCUGGCAAUACUAAACAUAGGGUUAAGUAGAAACCGGACGUGGUUCGGACAAGAAAGAGAAGAGAGGCACUGAAAGGGAAUUAUGGAGCAUCUUGGGCCACAAGACAAAUUAGGAUGUCUAAUUAUAUCGGACACUGCCCCUUUGAUCGAAUUCAAUUUAGGCAUCGAGCUUGAGCCGGAUACGAAAGGAAGAGGAAAAUGCGCCUCCGCUAUAUAGGCAGUUCAAGAGUCCGGCAGAUGGUCGGGUCAUGAGUCUGUCUCACCUUUAUUUAUUCCCUGGCGGGA